GCUUUGUGUGCCUUUUGACAGUGGCAAUCACCCAAGAGCCUAGGAGAGUUCAUAACUCCAUAAUAGAAUUGAUGGUAGCUUAUCCCACUUGAACUGAUUGUCUAACUUCCUUGCAUCUUCCUUGAACCUUGUGGAUAUAUGAAGAGAAGAUAGAAAAUAAAUUAUUUUAAUGUAAUUAACCAUUGAUAGGAAAGGGUUUAACAAAUGACCAGCUUGUGACUUCAUUUCCAACCUUGCACAAUUAAUAAUAAUUCAUCAGCAAAAUGUCAAUGGACUUUGAAAAUUUUGAUGUGCAAGACUGCACUAUCAUAACCAAAGCUGUGAAGUCGAGAAACGCUGAGAACGUGGAGAAAGUCAUAGCCUCCCUGUUGAGUCAUGGGCAUGACAUCACUCGCAGCCUCUGCACACCCGAUGAACAGGGCUACUCUGCUCUUCAUUAUGCUGUUUUGUACAAGGAUCUUGCAAUGGUGAAGAAACUUCUCAUGCAUGCAGAUAAAAGGUGCAUAAACAUGGAGAGUCGUGAUCGAUCCACUGCUCUGCUGCUUCUCUGUAGAAACUGCUCAGCCUCAGAACUGGAGGAAGAAAUAUUGGCAAGCCUUCUAGAUGCUGGGGCAAAUCCCAACCUGCCUAAAAAUGAUUUGCCGUUAUUUUGUGCCUUGGAGAGAAGCUGGUGGCGAGGAGCUGAGCUAAUACUGGACGCAGGCGCGGACGCCAGAGCCACAGAUUCUGCUGAUCUUUCAGCCACAUUCUUUGCUCUGGAUAAUUUCGAAAUACUGAUGAAACUUCUGAGUAGAGGAGCCGGCUGCUCUCAUAUCAAUGAUUGGAUAACUGGUGAAAGUCUAACAGAUGCCCAGUUGAAGACCAUAUUGCCAUACAUAUUGUCUGACCCUGAGAUUAAUGAGUCGCUUGUUAUGGUUGAUGCUGCCUCGGUAUCGUACCACGAGAGCGCCAUGUACAUUCUGGAGCAUUGCGUGUUUGACACGACUCAUGAAUUUGAGUUCAUUAUUGACGGUAUCUUUCAACUUGACAAUGGAAUCAACUGGGCAGACAAGAACAAGUAUAUAACUGCCAUAACGAAGAAUAUCUUCAUGAGUGAAGUGGGCAAGGACGACCUGCUGACAUUACUUUUCGUGAAUUGCACGUGGUGCUGCCUAAGCAGAAAAGCGUGUUGCUGUUCGUGCAACGUCAGUUUCGAACAAAUCUGGAUCAAUCUAGAACAUAUUCUUGGACUAGCCGAGCACAAUGGUCUACCCAUAGAAAAGUGGAGCCCAAGCAAGGAACGGUUUGAAACUGUUUUCAUUACAACACUGCCGCCUAUAAAAAAAUCGAAGGGCCCGGAAAUAGAUCGUAACGUCCUCAACCUUGUGCUGUACAGGACGACUUUGUGUUCGGUUCCCCUCGUCUUGAAGCUCCUGCCACUGAUGAAACAGAAAGGCUUCCGGCUAACCAUGUCAUCUGCGGCAGCAUUCUUAUCUAGUCAAUGCAUACGUGAGCAAAGCCUUAAAAAAACUGACGUUGAUAUCCAAGCUAUUGUGCACUCGCCGGAGUCACCGUAUCGAGUUCUGUUAUCAGAGGUGACCAGGAACUGCUGUGAAGAGGGGCAGUGCUGGUUCAGGUCGCCCAGGAUGACGGAUUUGUUUAGGCGUGGCAUUGCAGCAGGACAUCAUUUCCUUGUGCUUAUGCUGCUCCAUCUCGGCGUGCACGAAUUAUUUCUGUACCCGUACGAGACAGAUAUUACAUGGGCGCGUGCUGACAGUAGGCGGCUCGUGUACUCCAUUGUUCACCGUUAUGCUCCGAGGUGGAAGCUUCGGACUCCUACGCCUUCUGGGUCUAGUUGCGACGACGAAAUGAGGUCGCUGGAAAAUUGCUGUCGUCCAGAGAACGUAAUGGCUCGUUUAAAUCAAACGGCGCCGCUGCGGUCGCUGCAGGAGCUGUGUCGCCUCUCCAUCCGCGCCUCCCUCGGCCACUGCAGGAUUGAAGAGAAGACGGAAGGCUUGCGAGACGUGUUGCCAGCUCCUCUUAGAGAAUACCUUUACUUCCGCCACGACUUCCUCAUCUUCCCGAGUAUUCCUCAACUUUCCGAGGAAGAUGAGUACUUCGUAUCGUGACUCGUUUUGCCUGGGACCGUUGAUACUGUGACUCGCCUUGCCUGGGACCGUUGAUACGGUGACUCGCCUUACCUGGGACCGUUGAUGCGGUGACUCGUCUUGCCUGGGACCGUUGAUACGGUGACUCGCCUUGCCUGGGACCGUUGAUAC